UGGCUCAGACACGGCGGAUUGAUACAAGAUAUAAUUUCCCAAAUAUGCUGAUUCGUCUAGCCAAUGAAAUGUCACCAAAAAGGCGGGGGCCUUAUAAAAGUUAAAGGCACUUCAAAAUCCUAUCCUUGUGGUCUGGACCCGAAAAAUAACAACGCUGAAAUGACACAAUACGCAACUGUAGCUGAAACUUGCAUCGUGCAAUUGUACGAUCGGGUGAGAUACAUUAACAGCUCAGCUAGCGAGAGGUUGGACCUCAGCGUCAACGAGAAACUUCAACUUCGUGUCUCGUGGAAUGCCUGGAACAAAGGAGAUACGGCUAGCAGGGGAUUCGAAUCAUUCGUCAAAAUGUUUCAAGAUAAGCCAGAGACGCAACAAGUCUUCUCUUUCGCUAAAGGUUCAUCAGUAGAGCAGAUGCAGAGCUCGUCAAAGCUGCUCUUUCACGUCACCCGCGUCUUCAAGUACAUCAACAUGGUGAUAGAGAAUCUUGAUAAGUUGGAGAAUGUUGUUCCCCUGCUGAGGGCAGCUGGUGGUCGACACGGCUGUUCAGGAUACAAUGUGCCUAAAGAUUACUUCCCACAUCUGGGGAUUGCCAUGCGUAGCCUCAUGAAGAAGGAACUUUCCAACUACACUCCUUCAAACGAUCGUCUCUGGGAGCGCCUAUAUGGAUUCAUAGUCGUGCAGUUGUGCACCGGAAUCGACGAGUAUGGGGCAUAAUUGUCCAAACCACUUGGAUGGACUUUCGCCUUGGACAGUUUGGUGUAUCUGAUAUUCCAAUUAUCACAGGAACUUGAAGCACCGUAUAUGGUAUACGAUGAAUGAUGAUUCUCUUACUUAUACUGCUCAUAUCAUAGUGCUUCAACUUUCUGUGCUAAAUACAAUGGUAUAUUCUGGAAAAUAUCAGUUAAAUAAUACAAAAAUUGAGAAAACUUCAUUUUGAUACAACUCUAGACGAAGAUAUGCAUGCUGUUUUUCCUGACAUGAUAAAGGGUCCAUUUUCUGUCAGAAGCGACACAUGUUUCCUCAAUUGGGAAUCAAGAGGAGAAAAUGCGUCUCAUCUGAGAUCAACAUAAAUAAUAAAAAAUGACUAACACUAAAAAGGGUCGUGUUAUAUCGAUUUGACGUUUUCUCAAAUGCUCAAAACCCUAAACUAAUUUAAUUCAAAUCAAAUUGUUAUUUUACAUUUUCAAAGAUAUAUUUGUUAAAUUCUGUUACCGAUUGCUUGCUUUUUGUAUUGUUAUUAUAAAAUAUAUAAUAAAUUGGGUAUGGAUAAUUAUAA